AUGAAGAUUUCCGCUCUGCUCUCCCUUGUCCCCCUCGUCGCUGCCCUCCCGGGCUCGCGCGUCGGCACCACUAAGGCUAAGGACGUCAACACUCCCUUCGGCGUCACUGCCGCCCGCUCCGGCUCUCCCAUCCACUUCCUCCCCCUGACUGCCUCCGGCAGCCACUUCUUCCUCGGCGGCAAGAGCUCCACCUACUGCCCCAGCGAGGUCGUCCCCGGCUGCGCCGGCCGCACCAACGACACCAUCAUCUACGGCCAGUCCGCUCUUGAUGUUGUCGUUCCCGGUGGCCAAAGCAUCUACGUCGCUCCCUCCGGCGCUCUGAGCUUCACCACCCCCCACUCCGGCUACAUCCCCGCCGGCUCGUCCCAGGGUCCUUUCGUGUACACCCCCGGUGCCUCCGGUAACCCUCUCGGUACCUGGACUUACUCCGGCCAGGGCGCUUCCGGCUUCAUGGCUUGCCCCGUGCCUGCUUCUAACUCUGGCUCUGCUGCUGCCCGCCGUGCUGCUGCUGCUGCUCCUCCCACUUGGCAGGUGUAUGCUGCUCAGCAGAAUGCCACCGUCCCUACUGGUAACGUUACUGACUGCCUGGGCUUCGAUGCUCUUGCUGUUGGCAUGAACGUUACUUCUAACAGCCUUGCCUGGGAGUACAUCUAA